AUGUUUACACAUGAAAUAAUUAGCCAAAGAAUUCAAAUUAUUUUCGGAAAGAUUUUGGACCUAAUUCAAAACAUACAAUUUUUCAUUAUCAAUUCUUCAAACUAUACAUUUUAUUUUACAACAUUAUCAUUUUUGGUAAUAAAUGUAAUCAUUUGGGAAAACAUUAUUAUGAAAAAUAUUGUUGAAGAUUAUAGGCUUAGCAAUUUAAAGAUUGUAAGUAGUACUAUUUCAAGCUUAUUAACAGUAUUUUAUUUAUCAAAUAUUGAAAUAUUUGCCAGUAACCUUAUUGAGAAAUAUUAUAAUUAUAUUUAUGGUUUUUGUUCAAGAGCUUUCUUAAACUCAGAUAAUAAUCCAAAUAACGAAUUCGGAUAUUAUAACAUAAAAGAAUUUACAUUUAUUUCAAAUGAAUGGUGGAAAAGACAUAAAUUUGAAAGUGUGUUUAAAGGGGUGGAAAUUAUUAAUGAAAUUAAAAAAAGGUCACAACCACAAUUAAAAAAUGAAAUUACUAAAAAAUUUACUUUUUUUAACCAAUUAAAAUAUAAUGGGCAGAUUUCCAAAAAUAUUUGUAAUUAUCUAAUAAAUGGAAAUCAAAAAAUACAAAUUAUAUCCAGAAUUCUCGUUUUUGCUAUUAGUACUUUAAGUGUUACUUUUGUACUAUAUAGUGAAAAUAAAAGAAUAAACGCAAACAUCAAUAUAACCUCUCAUUCAAAAAUGUAUACAUUUUUUACUUUUAUCUCAGGUUUGAUUAUUCCUAUACUAUUAAAUAAUAUUCAGAAAUUUGGUGCAUAUAAAGAACAAGGUCAAGUUACCUUUAUAUUAUUAUUUUUAUCAUUGAAACUAAUAACCAAUCAUAAGCAUUUUCUAAUGUUAUUAUUUGAGUUAAUUAAUAAUAUAAAAUCCAAACUAAAUUCGGAAAAUAACUUUGAAAAAAUAAUCCUACAAAACCAAGACAAAGAGUUAUAUUCAGAGGAAGUUCAAACAAAUGAAAAUAGUUUACCAAAAAUUAAAGAAAAUUCUUUAUUAUCUAAAGAAAAAAACAAAAAGACAAGCCUAUUACUAAAAACUACUAAGACCAAUUCAAAUUCUUCAAAUUGUGAAAAUAAAUGUAAAAGUAUUAAAAAAUAUUCAUGCCAAAAAAAACAAUCGUCAUCCAGAGAUUUAAAUAAGAACAGAAUUAAGUACUUGAAUGAUGUAAUAAGGACAAAAAUAACAAGUAAAAAUGGAAUUCAAGAAAUUUUUGAUGCCACAGAUAUACAAUCAAACCAAGAAAAGAAAUUAUUGUUAUCUUUUGUUACAAAAACCAUACAUUUAUUUAAAAGUUUUCUUGUUUUUAUUAAGGAUAUCAUAUUUAAUGUGUUCAUUGAAAAGAUUUUUGGCUCUAUACUAUAUUUAUUAUUUAAGGAAUGUAGAGGUCUAGUACUAAGUUCAUUUGAUCACUUCAAAAUAAACAAAUAUAUUCAAGAAAGCAAAAUUCCAAUGAAUUUAAAAGAAGAAUUAUUAAAAAGUAUGACAUUAUGUUACACUAAUAUUGGAAAUCCACAAAUCAUCAGAUUAAUGAAUCUUCCAAAAAAAGAUCUAAUACAAGAUUUGGAGAAAUUAAAGUUGGUAUUGCCAAAUAUGUUAGUAAUGGAAAAAUUAAAGUCUAUUCAAGAAAUAAUAUCAUUAAGUCAAGUUGAAACAAUAAUAAAACCUUUUUCUGAAAUUAAUUCACUAGAGGAAAAGAUUAAUACAGAAAUCCAAUAUUAUUUGAUAUUAAAUUCAAUAGAUAUAUUAUCAAAUCAUUGUGAAAUCAUUAAAGAAUCAUGUAAAGCAAUCAUUAAUUCUGAAAGUCUCAUUGAAUUAAUCAAUAAUAUUACAAACUGCGAUUUAGAAAAGAUUAACUUACUACUUAAUAGUAAUAUGGAUUACACUACUAUUUCUAAUAUUAUCAAGUCUGUAGUAUUAAUGAAUGAAAAUAAAACAAGUAUUUGGAAUAGAUUUUCAUUAAUAACUGAUUCAAUAAGUAAAGUUCAUUUAGAACUUGUAUUUAAAUUAAACAAAUUAAAAGAUAUUGAGAUUAAUGAAAUAUUCAUUCAAUGGAAUAUAUUAAGAACAGGGCUCAAAUACAUAUUGAAUCAGAUUAAAAAUAAUCGUAAAUCUUAUGAAGAUACUUAUAUGGGAGGAUUACCAUUACAUACAUUACAGAUGGCAUUGCAUUAUUUAAAUACUUCAGCAAGAAAAACAUCUGAUUUAGUACAAGAAUCAAUUAUAGCUUGUAGUGAAUUUUGUCUAUAUUUUAAUUUAAAAACUAUUGAGGAAUUACAUGAAUUAAAUAAAACUUCUCUUGGUCAAUCAAAGUUAUUUGAAUUGUGUAAGAAAGAUUGCAAUGAUAUAUUAAAAUUAAUUCUGACAAUUAAAAGUGUAUUGGAAGAACUAUGUGAGAAAAAAAUAAGAAUUGAUGGAAAAGAAAUUGAUAUUAGCUAUUUGUCAUCAAUGUUACCUGCUGCAACAUUGGAUUCUGAACACAAAUGUUGUAGAAAGGAAACUGAGUCUAAUUGUAAGUUACAUGGUAAGGGAUUAAAAGACACAUUUAGAUUAUAUGCUGAAGGUACUUUCCCUGCUGUUACCAGAAAUAGCCAGCUUGUUCAGUCAAGAAGAGAGCAUUCUAAAUUUAUUCCAGAAAGGCCUAGAAGUUCAAUUCCAAGGGAAUCUUCAAGUCAUAAAGAAAUGAAUUCAAAUGUUGAUACUGAAGAAAAAAAUCAUAUAAAAAGCAAUUGUAACGAUAAUCCAAAUAAUAAUGAAUUAUUUUCAAAUCAAACAGGAUUAAGAAAGCCUAAAGAAAUAAUGAAAAAAGAAGGAAUUAAUGAUCAUGAGAAUUUGCCUUUUUUCCCAUCAACCCCUGAUGAAUUAAUUAAGUGA